AUGCCAUCUCUCUUUUGGGCACAGCAACAGCAGUCCGCUCAACCAGCGUGUCUCGUCCAUAUCCAUUCUGCCGAAGAUAUCGCAGCAGUCGUAUCCGUCUCACGCACAAGUGGUUGCCCUUUCGCUGUUCGCGGAGGGGGUCACUCGGAUAUCCAGGGUGCGAGCAAUAUUGAUAGGGGCAUCACGGUCAACAUGGCGGGUUUGAGCGAUGUCAUAUUAGAUGAGAGCGAAGGAUUAGUCAAGGUCGGCGCUGGCGCGACAUGGGGAGAUGUGUACAAGGAACUUGAGAAAGUUAACAAGACCGUCGUGGGUGGCCGACUCACUGGAGUUGGUGUUGGUGGAUUGCUGCUAGGUGGUGGGCUGAGCCACUUCUCAGGCAUGCACGGCUGGGCAUGUGACAAUGUUCGUAACUACGAGGUGGUUCUUGCCAAUGGCAGUCUCGCAAGUGCUUCCGAGUCAUCAAACGCGGACCUCUAUCGCGCUAUGCGCGGUGGAGGAAAUAGCUUUGGCGUCGUCACUCGGUUUGAUCUUGACGUAUUCCAGCAGGGACCAAUGUGGGGAGGGUUGCAUGUCUGGCCAUUGCUGCCAUCAGUGACUUCGGCUCUCACUCGCGGCUUUGUCAAAUUCGCACACGAUGCCCCCUCCGACCCACAUGUAUCACUAUUUGCUGGCCUAGGCUACAAGCAAGGCAACUUUGCUUGGGCCGCGGGGCAGUAUGACGCGCUAGGAAGGGUUGAACCUCCGAUCUUCACCCAGUUCAAAGACAAUGUAGAGGCGUAUGGUACAGCAAAGAUUAUGAGCACGGCGAGAGUGACUUCGGUGUUGGAUCUUGCAGAUGAGCUCAAUCAAUCGGAACCCGCCGGUAUGCGGAGCCGGUUCACAACAGCAACCUUUUCCGCCGAUGUAGGGCUGUUAGCACUUAUGGUGCACAUAUUCGUAGAGCAAGUACAGAAGGCGCUAGACAAUGGGUUACAAGAUGACCAGGGGUUUGCACCGAUGCUGGGCAUCCAGCCACUAACGCAGAAUAUCUUAAAAGCCCAAAUGACACGCGGAGGGAAUGUCAUGGGCCUUCAUGACGACCAAGCGCCUUUGGUUGUCUGUUCCUUUGGAUGGGAAUGGUCUCGCGAAUCUGAUGACACAACUGUCAUCGCUGGUAUUAAAGCUGUGCUUGAGCAGUCUGUUUCGGCUGCUAAGGAGAGAGGCUUGUUUCAUCCCUUCAAGUACAUGAACUAUGCCGCGAAAGAUCAAAAUCCUAUUCGAAGCUAUGGGAAAGAGAACAUUGAGUUUCUGAAGCGGGUUCGAGAAGCAUAUGAUUCUGAUGGAGUCUUCACUACAUUGACGCCUGGAGGGCACAAGAUCAACUAA